UGACAUGGCUGCUUUAAUUCGUGAAAAUGAAGUUGCUACUGCAAUCUCUCCUGAAAAGAUGUUUAAGGUCUUCGUUCUCGAAGAUUCUAUAAUUAUCCCUAAAAUUAUUCCUGUCAUUAAGAGUAUUGAGAUUAUUGAAGGAAAUGGAGGUCCUGGAACUAUUAAAAAGACUACAUUUGUAGAAGGCAGCGAAGUUAAGUAUGUGAAGAAUAGAAUUGACGCAAUAGACAAAGAUAACUUCAUACAUAAUUAUACUACAAUUGAAGGUGCACUAUGGAGCGAUACAUUAGAAAAAAUCUCUUAUGAGAUAAAACUAGUGCCGGCUUCAAAUGGAGGAUCCAUUGCUAAGAGCGUAAGCAAAUAUUAUGCAAAGGGCGAUGCUAAGAUUGAUGAAGAGCAAAUCAAGGCUGGGGAGCAGCAGAUAUUGACAAUGUUCAAAGUUAUUGAAACAUACCUCUAA